AUGUCACUGAUGGAGAACCAAACAGAAGUGACACAGUCCAUCCUUUUGGGACUCACCAAUGACCCAGGCCUGCAGGUUCCCCUCUUUAUCACCUUCUUCCGCAUCUACACCAUCACCCUGGUCAGGAACCUGGGGAUGAUCCUGCACAUUCUCUUGGACUUUCGGCUCCACACUCCCAUGUACUUUUUCCUAGGUAACCUGUCUUUGGUGGAUUUCUGUUACUCCUCAUCUGUCACUCCCACAGUAAUGGCUGGACUCCUCACAGGUGACAUAGUUGUUUCCUACAAUGACUGUGCUGCUCAGAUGUUCUUUUUUGGAGUCUUUGCUACAGUGGAAAAUUACCUGUUGGCCUCAAAGUUCUAUGAUCGCUAUGCUGCAGUGUCCAAGCCCCUACACUAUGCCAUCACUAGGACAGCACAUGUUUGUGCAUGUCUUUCUAUAGGUUCCUAUGUCUGUUAUUCCCUAAAUGUCUCCAUCCAUACUGUGGACAUGUUCAGGCUCUCCUUCUGUAAGUCCAAUGUGGUCCAACACCUUUUCUGUGAUAUUCCAGCCGUUAUGGUUCUCUCUUGUUCUGAUAGACAUGUUUUAGUGCUGGUUCUUAUUUAUGUAGCGAGUUUCAAUAUCUCUUUUGCUCUCUUAGUUAUCGGGAUAGUCUACACAUUCAUUUUUAUCAGAAUCUUAAAGAUACAGUCAGCUGCAGGAUAUCAGAAGGCUGUAUCCACCUGUGCCUCCCACUUCACUGCAGUCUUCAUUUUCUAUGGGACUGUCACCUUCAUGUACCUACAGCCCAGUUCCAAUCACUCCAUGGACCCUGGCAAAAUUGCAUGUGUGUUCUAUACCAUGGUCACCCCCAUGCUGAACCCUCUGGUCUACAGCCUGAGGAACAAGGAGGUCAAGAAUGCAUUCAGGAAAAUUUUAUUGGAAACAAAAUAA